AUGUCGCGUUUAGAAGAGUCUUUCAAGAAGCUUUUCCUCAUUUCCCAAAUCCUUUUGAUUUUCCCCUUGAAGCUGGACGAGAACGGAUUCUAUCGUUCUUCUUGGUUAACGACAUGUUGUUCGGCUCAUUUACUGUUUCUGUUCUGCGGCACUAUCUAUGGUUUCAUUAGAAAACCUUUAUACACAACAGGCGCGUCUUUAGCCGAUCUAGUUUUAGCUAUCCAGCAACUUUCGAUGAUGGUCAGUUUAAUUUUAUCCUUUGUUUGCUAUUCGUUAUCGACAAAUCGCCUGACUGUCGUUCUUCAAGAUCUAAAAGGCAUCGACUCUCUUCUGUUUGAUUACUUUGCUAAAUUUGAUAAAUGUGUCUCUUUUAAAAACACGUGGCUCUACGGGAUCUUCGCUGUGGUUGUUGGUGUGAUGGACGAAUUGGCGUACCAGGACGAAGUAUUCUCGACUUUCCUGCUCUACUGGACUUUCUUCCUGACACUCGAUUUUAAACCAACAAGUCGAAGGAUUGAUGAACCGCAAGCUCCCUCCAUUGAUGAUUCUCGUCAGACUAACCAAGAUCUGCAGGCGGCUGUCGGAGUGCGUCGUCAUGGCAAAUGA